GACAUUUGUAGUUCAUGGUUUGUGAGUGCCAAAAAACGAAAUCGGCGUCCAAAGCUGAAACGUGUUGUUAAAUAACAAAUAUUAUCGUAUAUUAAUGUUAAAUCUUCUCUUCUAUUAAGCUAAAACAUAAUUUACUAUUGUAAUCAAUAUACAUCAGAUACUUCGAACAAUACCACAAACAUUAUGGCUACAGUGCAGGCGAAACAGUGGCCGGUGCGGCCCGGUAUGCAGCAUCAAAACAGUCAAAACACAGCCAGUCUAACUUUAAAUAGAUCGAUCAAUCUGUAUCCCUUGACUAAUUACACGUUUGGAACCAAAGAACCUCUAUUCGAGAAGGAUGCUUCAGUGCCUGCAAGAUUUCAAAGGAUGCGUGAGGAAUUUUCCAAGAUUGGCAUGCGGAGAUCAGUAGAGGGUGUAUUGUUAGUGCACGAGCAUGGUCUCCCGCAUGUGUUGUUAUUGCAAUUGGGAACGGCUUUCUUCAAAUUGCCUGGCGGAGAACUAAAUCCGGGAGAGGAUGAAAUAGAGGGUCUGAAACGGUUGCUGACAGAGACACUCGGCCGACAAGAUGGCGUUAAGCAGGAUUGGCUCAUAGAAGACACUAUUGGCAACUGGUGGCGGCCGAACUUCGAACCGCCCCAAUACCCGUACAUACCGCCGCACAUAACGAAACCGAAGGAGCACAAGCGGCUCUUCCUCGUGCAGCUGCAGGACCGCGCGCUGUUCGCGGUGCCGAAGAACUACAAGUUGGUCGCGGCGCCGCUGUUCGAGCUGUACGACAACGCGCAGGGCUACGGGCCGAUAAUAUCGUCGCUGUCGCAGAGCCUGUGCCGGUUCAAUUUCGUCUAUAUGUAAUUUAUGUUGUUGUUGCUGCUGUUGUGUUGCAACGAUCGGUGCGGAUCGGUGUGAAGUUGGUUGUGUCGUUGAUUUUUUUUUAGGGUUCUGUCAGAUGUGAUUUUGAGUUUUUUUUUUUUGAGUUCUGUCAAAUGAUUUUCGUCUAUGUUCAACUUAAGCAAUAUAUAGGUCUUUUAAUAAUUUUGUUUGAGAGAUUUUUAGAUUAAAUUAGCAAUAGGUAAGGGAGCAAUUAUGUUUAAGUAUUGUUGAGAACUCUUAUGUGUAUUUGACUUACACUUAAAUUUAAAAUCAAUGACAUAAAUAAUUUCACGGUUCGGCCCUGGUGUAUAUUUGUGAGUGGCAAUGCUGGCUAUUAAAAAAAAAAGAAAAAAAAAAAGUGUUUUAUAAUGACUAAAAAUACGUACUCGGGUAUUUUAUGACAUGCCUUUUUGUCUGGCAACAUUUAUACAACAUUAUAUUCGGAUGUAAUACAAUAAUUCCCAGUGUUGCCACACCGUGAAUGUUCUCAUUGUGGUAAAAUUAGUUCUUAAGUAAUAUUGACGUAAUACGAACAAGAA